CGGCGCGAGGGCGCGGCGAGGCAUGGCCCGCUCUCUAUGGUUGUGGCGGUCUCGGAGCUGUGGGACGCGGAGCCGGCGGCGCUGCCGGGAUGGAGUGACCGGGAAGAUGUUUGUAGUCCCUACUGUAGGAGAAGGGGGCAAACCAGUUAAAAAUAGGAAACAAAAAGUACAGCAACAAAGAUGGAUGAACAAGCCCUUCUAGGGCUAAACCCAAAUGCUGAUGCAGACUUCAGGCAAAGGGCAUUGGCCUAUUUUGAACAGCUGAAGAUCUCCCAAGAUGCUUGGCAGGUCUGUGCAGAAGCAUUAGCCCAAAGGAUAUACAGUGAUGAUCACAUCAAGUUCUUCUGCUUUCAAGUUAUAGAACAUCAAAUUAAAUUCAAAUAUUCUGAACUUACUGAAGUCCAACAACAGCUAGUCAGGGAAACUCUCGUAACAUGGCUACAAGCUCAGAUGCUGAAUCCUCAACCAGAGAAGACUUUUAUUCGCAACAAAGCAGCACAAGUCUUUGCAUUGCUGUUUGUCACUGAAUAUCUCACAAAAUGGCCCAAGUUUUUUUUUGAUAUUCUGUCAGUAGUAGACCUUAACCCUCAAGGAGUAGAUCUGUACCUCAGAAUCCUUAUGGCUGUUGAUGCUGAGCUGGUAGACCGGGAUGUAGUUCAUACAUCAGAGGAGGCUCGUAGAAAUACCUUAUUAAAAGACACCAUGAGAGAACAGUGCAUUCCAAGCCUUGUGGAGUCGUGGUACCAAAUCUUACAAAAUUAUCAAUGUACUAAUGCAGAGUUGACAUGCCAGUGCCUUGAAGUAGUUGGAGCUUACGUGUCCUGGAUAGAUUUGAGCCUGAUAGCCAAUGAAAGGUUUAUAAAUAUGCUGCUAAGUCACAUGUCUGUAGAAGUUCUUCGGGAGGAAGCAUGUGACUGUUUGUUUGAAAUUGUAAAUAAGGGAAUGGACCCAAUUGAUAAAACAAAACUGGUAGAAUCUUUGUGUCAAGUGUUACAGUCUGCUGGUCUCUUCAGUAUUGUUCAGGAAGAUGAUGUGGAUUUUCUAGCCAGAUUUUCUAAACUGGUCAAUGGAAUGGGGCAAGCAUUGAUAACUAGCUGGACUAAACUGGUAAAGAAUGGAGAUAUGAAGAGUGCUCAAGACACCCUGCAAGCUAUUGAAGCGAAAGUGGCCCUAAUGUUGCAGCUGCUAAUUCAUGAAGAUGAUGACAUCUCAUCUAAUAUUAUUGGGUUUUGUUAUGAUUACCUUCAUAUCUUGAAACAGCUUUCCUUGCUUUCGGACCAGCAAAAAGCUAAUGUAGAGGGUGAAGAUGAAGCAAUGUUCGUGGAAUACAGGAAACAGCUGAAACUAUUGUUGGACAGAUUAGCUCAGGUCUCACCAGAGUUGCUACUGGCUUCAGUCCGCAGAGUUUUUAACACUACACUGCAGAAUUGGCAGGCUACACGUUUUAUGGAAAUAGAAGUAGCAAUAAGGCUCCUGUAUAUGUUGGCUGAGGCUCUCCCUGUUUCUCAUGGUGCUCACUUCUCUGGUGAUAUUUCAAAAGCAAGUGCUUUGCAGGAUAUGAUGCGAACUCUGGUGACAUCUGGUGUUAGUGCCUAUCAACAUACAUCAGUGACACUGGAAUUCUUUGAAACAGUGGUUAGAUAUGAAAAAUUUUUCGCUGUUGAACCUCAGCACAUUCCAAAUGUUUUAAUGGCAUUCUUAGAUCACAGAGGUCUUCGCCAUACUAGUCCAAAAGUACGAAGCAGAAUUGCUUACCUCUUUUCCAGAUUUGUCAAAUCUCUUAACGACAAUCAUUGGUCUACUUCUCAGCAAUUGGCUAAAACAGGAAUCUUGGAACAAUACAUACGACAUAGACCUGAUUCCUUUUUCAAACUGUUAAAUGUAAACAUUACUAAACCGUGGUCUAACAACUACAACACUACAUUGGAAAACGGUUACCAGGCUUUAUUAAGCAGUGAUGAUCAACUAUUCAUUUAUGAGACAGCUGGAGUGCUGAUAGUUAACAGUGAAUACUCUGCAGAAAGGAAACAGGUUCUAAUGAGGAAUCUGUUAACUCCACUAAUGGAGAAGUUUAAAGUGCUGCUAGGAAAACUGGUGAUGGCACAAGAUGAGGACAGACAGAUGGCACUGGCUGACUGCCUCAAUCAUGCUGUUGGCUUUGCUAGCCGAACCAGCAAAGCUUUCAGCAACAAGCAGACGGUAAAGCAGUGUGGCUGCUCUGAAGUGUACCUGGACUGCUUACAGACAUUUUUGCCAGCACUCAGCUGUCCCUUACAAAAGGAAGUCAUCAGAAGUGGUGUCCGCACAUUCCUUCACCGCAUGAUUAUUUGCCUAGAGGAAGAAGUUCUUCCAUUCAUCCCUUCUGCCUCAGAACACAUGCUCAAAGAUUGUGAAGCAAAAGACCUUCAAGAAUUCAUUCCUCUUAUAAAUCAAAUCACAGCUAAGUUCAAGACCCAGGUUUCCCCAUUUCUGCAACAGAUGUUUAUGCCGCUACUUCAUGCUAUAUUUGAAGUGUUGCUCCGUCCAGCAGACGAAAAUGACCAAUCUGCUGCUUUAGAAAAGCAGAUGUUACGGAGAAGUUAUUUUGCCUUCCUGCAGACGGUUACUGGCAGUGGAAUGAGUGAAGUCAUAGCUAAUCAGGAUGCAGAGAAUGUGGAACGUGUGUUGUUCACUAUCAUCCAAGGAGCAGUGGACUAUCCAGAUCCUAUUGCACAGAAAACAUGUUUUAUUAUUCUUUCUAAACUGGUGGAGCUUUGGGGGGGCAAAGAUGGACCAGUAGGUUUUGCAGACUUUGUAUACAAGCACAUUGUUCCUGCAUGUUUCUUAGCACCUUUAAAACAAACUUUUGACUUGGCAGAUGCUCAGACAGUAUUGGCUUUAUCAGAAUGUGCAGUGACAUUAAAAACAAUUCAUCUCAAAAGGGUAAGGCUUGUAAAACUCUGUGUAAAACUAAAUGCAUCUCUUUAAAGGUGUUUCUUGGAAUUAAAUUAAUCUCCAGAAGCUAGUAAGUGUCUCUAUGUAGAGAGAAGAAUAAGAUUAAUUCCAGGAGAGUUAACAGAAAUCACUGACUGGAAUGAAUGUUGUGUU